GAAAAUAGUGACUCGGACAUGGCAUCCCUAGCUGCGAAUACCUGCAAAGUGAAGGGCGUGGCAGCAGCAGCAUCAGCAGAGUCGUCGGCACAGGUUGCCCCAAGUAGCCCUCGGCCCGUGGCGUCAUCUACGCCGGACGCAGGUCACGGCAGGCGGGGCAGGAAGAGCAAACAGACCUCUUCUGGCUGGGCAAUGGAAUUGCGUUCACGCAAGUACACCGAGAUCCUUGGAAGACGUGCCAUACAUGCACCCAGAUCAGGCCAAAAGACACCGAAAUCUGCUCGAGCAGCGCGAGCAUCUAAAACUCCAAAGGUAUGCGGCACGCCCGGCACACCGAAGACGGCAAAGCGUUUGUCCAAAACUCGCCUGAAAAUCGAACAGCCCGAUGUGGCGCCCGAGCAGUCCACGCCCCAAAUAACUGCCCCCAAAAGGUAUUCCCCGCUCUCCGCACGCAGAAGAAAGGAACUAUUGAGCAUACAACUGGGUCCAGUUUCGCGUAGACGUCCUCUAUACGCACGCCGGAGUCCUAGAAUAGCGGAGAAGAGAAGAGCGGAGGAGCAAGCCUUGGGCUUGGGUAAUACCAUAGACUCGCCGUACAAGCGCAGACGCUGCGAGAGGGGAUCGAGCGUGGCUGUGCCUCAGUUGCGGCCCCCAAAUGCAGAAAAGAGCAUGGACUCAUCCACCAGCCGGCAGCGACAUUAUGUAUUACAGCCGAGCAGCUCCUUGGCCGCAUCAGAGCAACAAAGAGAAGAAUGUGGCGUGACUGUGUCCGUGUUGGGUACAGUCAAAAAAGACACAACUUUAAAGCUGGAGGCGAAUCUUCGAGUGGAUGUAUCCACAGCGAGCGAAAACUCAGCUAUCGAGACUCUGGCGAAUAAGAGUCAAACUGAACAGCAGCCGAAUCCUCGCGUAGAUGCAUCCACAGCGAGCGAGAACUUAGCUAUCGAAACUCCAACUCCAGUUGAGACUGACCUAGGCGAGAGCACACUCAAGCCCGAUGAACGGAGCCUCGAAUGUGGUGUUCAAAUCCUAGCAGCAGAUAACGAGGGGGGGCAGGAUGAUAAUGAACACGGAGAGCAGGUGGCAGCUACUAGUAAUUCCCAGGACUUUGUGGAAGAUUUACCUGAAACCGAAACGAAAGAGCAGGAGCUGCAGCUGAUCAAUGCAAGGCAAAGCAGGGAAAUAAAAGCCGAGCACCGCGACAAAAGUGGCUGUUUUCUCAUGUAAUUCGAUUGUUAUAAAGAAUGUGAUUCGAUUUAAGCAACAAUUGUGACUAACUAUGAGAAAUAUACUAAAUAAAAGUUUACAAAUUUGUGGCUCUUGAA